AUGGAUAUAGUAAACGUCCAUGCAGCACUAUUGACUGAGAAUAAAAUAAAGCUCCAUGGAAUUAGAUGGUUUGUGGGAUUUCUGCUGAUUGUCUGUGGAUUUCUUGUCAUGUUUGCAUGGCAUUUUUUUGGAGUUAUCAACGAAGUUUUGUCGGAAUACUUCCAAGUUUCAGAAAGUACUACAGACUGGCUGACAAUGUCUGCAGCUAUUGGAGGGAUUUUUGGAGGACCAAUCAUUGGAUUCCUAUUUGUUCUGAGACCGACUGUCGUGAAAAUGUGGUACAUAGUUAUGAUCCUUAUUACAGUAUCAGCAUUUGUCAUAUUUGCAAUUGUGAUAUAUAUUAAGAAGUAUCUCAUUCUUUGUAUGAUCGCUGAAUUUGCUGUCGGAACUAUUACCAUGGUGUUUUUUGCUUUGCUGCCUUUAACGGCAACAGUAUGGUUUGGGGAGAGAGAACAGGCGACUGUUUUAGGUAUUGGCUGGCUCUCAAUGAUGAUUGCGGUGCUGGUUGCCUCCUUCGUACCAAUGGCAAUAUUUACUGAGAAUGAGAAUAUUGAAAAAGAGAUGACACACUUGUCGUUACUCCUUCUCAGCUUUGCAGCGGUUGGAAUCAUUUGCCUGGGAUGUGUAUGCCUAUUCGUUCCUAACGCACCAAAGAUACCUCCUUCGUAUGCCGAACUACAAAGGCUGAAGAUAGCCGCCGGUAAUAAUAACGAAACGUGUGCAACGGCAUUAUGGAGAUUUGCAAAAGAAGUCAAACUCAUUCUUGUGGAUAGAGUUAGCGCAACUCUUUUUGUAAUAUUUGCCGUAGUCGACGCGAUUUUUGUUGCAGAAUAUAUGCUCGCACCAGCUAGUUCACGCAUUUUGGAGUAUCAGAAUAGUACUAACCCUGUAAGCCCCCACGAGACCUCCGAAAGCAGAGGCAAUGUAUUAUUGUCAUAUUCCGCUGGUGGGUUGAUAGGAUGCGUAGGGAUGGGUUUCUUAGCUGAUAAAAUGAAGGCGUACAAUCCAAUUGCAAACAUAUUGGGUAUUUCGAUGUGCGUCAGCGUAACCGCAUCACUUCUCGGCUAUAUAUAUCGUGUCAAACCACUGGAGUACACAAGCAACUUUUUGUACGGAUUAAUCACAUUGGCGUUUUACCCAUUUAUGCAAGAAAUAAUCAAGCAACAGGUUUACCCUUCAGUGCAAGAAUCUACACAAGGAAUUUUUGUUGCGUUUAUCGGAGGCGUUUUAUGCGUAGUAAUUCCGUACCUAAUGAGAACAGCGAUGAUUAAGUUUGCAAAAGUCGCUUUCUAUGCAAUUUCUGUCUCCAUAUUCGUCAUCAUUGAAAUUCUUAUCAUCAGCAUCAAACCAACGAUGAAAAGAUUUAUAUACGAUUCAAAUGAAGCAAAUGCAGCAGAUAAUGAACAAAGCCAUGACGAAGAUGCAGAUUAA